AUGCGCCCUUUCACGCCACAGGCCCUCCGGCCACUCCGUUCCCUCCUUUCGCAGACCACUACGUUCAACACUAUACGCACAUCUACAUCCUCAUUGCGCCUAUUCUCGUCUCAGAUCGCUCAACCUUAUCGCAUCACAUCAUCUCCUAUUCUCUCUCACUCCCGAUACAUCAUCCCUACCACACGCCGACAAAACUCCACAUCCUCGCGGCCUCUGACCGAACAGCCCAGCGACAAGACCGAGUCGGAUGCCGUUCGUCAAAAGAGAAACGAAGAGCGCCGCAGAAAUGAAGAGGCCUAUCAAAUAGUUUUCACCUGCAAGCCCUGUGGUGAGCGCUCCUCACAUCGCAUGUCGAAGCAAGGCUAUCACCGCGGCACGGUCCUUAUCCAGUGUCCCUCAUGUAACAACCGCCAUGUUAUGAGUGAUCACUUGGGCAUCUUCUUCGAUAAGAGGACUACACUUGAGGAUUUGUUGAAAGAGAAGGGCCAGGCCCUGACUCAUGGACACACCGAUGGCAACUUGGAAUUUUGGGAAGACGGCACUGUCAAGAGUUUUGGGCUGGAUGGGAAGCAGCUGUUGGAUACUUCCAACGAAAAGUCAUAUUGA